AUGGAUCCAGGACACCUUCAAACGGUAGGGAACGUACUUAUGAUUUAUGUAAAUCUUGCCUGUUAUUUCUUGAAGGCACUGUUCAUUCCUCAUAUUUUUACAUCUGUGCGAGUAUCCUUGAGGCUCUGUCCUCGAAUUUUGGUACUUUUUGUUUAAAGCUUUGGCAAGACACCAUACUUUUCUUUUUCUAGCGGAAGAAUCUGAUUUUUCUAAUUUUGUCGAAUAUACGUACGUAGACACGUGCAGUUGGUCCGGAACAUACAUCUAACAUUCCACUUGAAGUUCUUUCGUGUUAACCGGCAUUACAGGCGUGAUUUUGCCGGGGAAUACACGGAAAAAGUAGGGUUCUUUCCACACCUUUCCCCGUCACGCGUGUCUCGCGCUGCACUUCGUGCAAGCCUGAAAAACGCGGGAAAAGAAAACGCCUAUUCUGUAUGUUACUUUUGCGUCGUCAACAGAUUUCGCGCGUGGGUGACGACGAGCUUCUAGCCAGCGCUCCACGACUCUGUCGGAACAUUUCCCCCUGAUUGUCAACGGAUGAUUUCACUCCAAAGGGAGAAAAAGAACUUGGCAGAUCACUAUAUUGGUUGUGCCAACCUUUUAUUCGUUAACCCGGCGUGAAUGAGUACUAUUUUGAGUCUGAGACAGAGUAGUUAGUGGUAGUACUCGAAAAACCCCUACACUCUGGAUUCGUGGUGGUAAACUAUCAAGGUUUGCCUGCCAACAGUUUUCCUUUGAAUUAUGCUACCUCUCUUACUAUCAUCAUAGAAGAAACUAUACUGGGUAACUCAGACCUAUGUGCGUGUUUCCUCAGGAUAGUGACCCAAAAGCGUACUCUGCUGAUCGAGAAGAGGAACCAGUGGAUCCUGGGUAGGUUAUUGUCGCCAUGUACCACACGGUAAUAUGAUGUAACCACUGUUUUUGGUUCGCGCGUUUGGAAUUCACCUCCUCAGUCGUGCUUACCGCUGGGGGGGCAAUCAUUGGAGUCUGGUCGAGGUGUUCCAGCGAGGCCUUUCAGCCGUGACCUUAUCUCAUUUCGUUUCACAUACAGAACUAAUCAUUUUUUUAAACUACUAUCAUGGAAUUAGAUUUGUUGACAAACAAAAAGGCUUUCGGCCCAAAAAGACACUGUGUUCAGGAAGCUAAAUAGUGAAAUUGUAUACCAUGUUUAAGAGUCAAGACCUUGACAACCAUGCCCCGUUCAGCGGUACAUACCCGUUUAGGCCAAAUAGGGGAGUGCGCCCCUCCCGCAAUAGGGUGUAACCUUUGCCCUUGGCGUGGCUUUCAUACGUCGUUGUUGCAGUUAAUCGUUAAUAGUUAUUUUCUUCUUUUCUCUUACAAAGCUUUGAUUUAUUUUUUGUGUCAAAGAUUACAACCAGAUGAUACAUCAGCGGAAUCUGAAAACUACCCCCAAAAGCUGUUUCCGGUCGAAGUAAGUAUUCAGCAAUGAAAGGAAAACGUAAGCAAUUUCAUAUAAUGGCAUUCGGGACAAAAUAGAAUGAGACGUUUUAAAACAAUUAGAAAAUUGAUAGCCAACUAAACGGCUCAUGGAAUCAGUAGUAGCGUCAGGGAUAGGGGAAACUUUGUACCUCGGUCACCGAAAGCAAGUUUUUGGCCAUCAAAAGCAGGCCUAGGUAAUUUUGGAUAAAAAGUAGAUGUCUAAUGAUGUUUUGAGAACUUUAAAUGACUACUUGAGAACUCUAGCUAAGUAGCUUAUUUUCAAUACAACGAUCUCGUUUACGGUUUUGUAUUUAACAGUAUGUUUUUUAUUACUUUCUUAAAUCAGUAAAAUGUUAAGUUCAUCUCAAUUGGCUCUAGUCUUUUAAUUUAGAAACAACUGAGUUCCUACUCAUUUAUUAAACAAUACUAAAUAAAAUAAAUCAGUUCAUGUCCCUAUAAGAGUUUGAUAUUUCACAUAUAUAUAUGAUUUAUUUAAAAUUUAAUUUUAUGUAGGAAGCAUCGCAAUGUACAGAGAACGGAAAACCCGUGCAUCAGUGUACUGAAGAAACACUUGAACCUCGUCUAGUCGUAUAGUAAGUUGAUUGUUUAUCAUCAUCACCAUAAUCAUCUUUCACCCGUUUCUAGCCUACGUAGGCAUUAGCGUUUCCGUGCAGUUUUGGAGCAAAGAACGAGGAACGAGAGUCAAUUUUUCGCGCACUCAAAACCGUAGAUCCCGUUCCUCAGUCUUCCUUUGUUCUGAAACCAAACGGAAACGCUUGCUACGCAGGCUAACCCGUUUCCAUCGUGAUCAACUUAUUUCAAUUGGAUAAUUACGCAAGUGUUACCGUUAAAGUUCAAUAGGCUACAACAAUCAACGAUAAAAUACUGAUGAGCUUUAAGAUUUUCAAUAUUUUUUUUUACCAUCAUCAACCCGCGCAAAGAACUUUACUGAGAGAUUCUAGGACGUUGACCUUGUUGUACUGCUUUAAACACAUUGUCACUCAAAUUCCUUUGAUGUUACCAUUCAAAUAAAACCUCUUUGGUAGAACUUUUGCAUAGUGCUUAGGAUAUAUUUCGCAAAAUAAGUUUGCAGGAGCAUAUUUUUCUUUUGCCACCGGCUAUCAUAGAUCUCGAAGUGACACUGAAAUUGCGCCGUUCCUCCUUGCCCCCAGCCUCUAAUUCAGACACCAUUGUUUGAGAUUGCUAAACUUUUUAUUUAUUUUGUCAAUGUUAACUGGAUAUUAGUAGCCUCAUAAAAAAGAAAAAAUUAGGUGAGCCUCAGUACUUCUGAUAAGCUCCUAGUCUAAAAGUAGUGACAAAAAUCCCGUAAGGGGUAAGGUAAAUACGGUAUCCCACUGAUUUUCUUGAAAUAACUAGCGAUUUGUUUUUUGCAGUGGAACGCGAAGUGCAUGGUCAACAGGGAACGGUCACAGUCAAAGCCAUACUGAGAGACAAGUAAGGCUUUUCGAGUAGCUAUUUUUACUCUUAUAUGUCAGUCUGUCAUUCGUGUUUGCUCCUGUGAACUGUGGUAGCUACUGAGUCAGGCGGAGGAUAAAGACGAGUCAAACAACACGUAUAGGGCAAAAGGCUUCAAGGCACGCCCAGUUUAUAAAAUGGGUAGAUUUCUCGGUCGAAACCCAGUAACCCAGCGGGCGUUGCGUGAUCCAUAAAGCAUGUUUGUCCAUCUUCUCAGAGUCUGUUAAAGAUUGUUUAAUGCAUGAAACACACGCCUUUUUUUUAAUGAGAAUCAGACUUGAAAAGCAGUGCAAAUUGCUAGGGAACGGCUUCAAAGACGUCUGAUGUAGAUCUAUUCCAAAAAAAAAUCUCAUAAUUUUUUAUUAUCUGCUUCAAGGACUCAGCUCUGUUUAUAAGCUACAAAGUGACAUAUCUUAAUAUACUUUUUUGUUUUAAGAGAUUUUAAUCGGUUUCUAAAUUUGUCUUCUCUUCUUUAGUUCAGGCUGAGGGUACCCCCCCCCCCAUGUGGGUUUAACUUGGCUUUUUUUUGGGGGGGGGGGACAUUUUCUCUUGCAGUUUUAUUUUGUUUUUCCCCACCACCAGCACCCCCUCCCCCCUUAAAAUCACUUUUCAAAUGGUCCGUCCAUUGCUUGCCGUCUGAUCUGGUCAACUUUUUUUUUUCACGCAGUACAAUAUAUCUGUAUAGGCCCUUCUCAGCUAAAAUCCAUCGAAGCCGAAACUCUUGUUUGUUGUGACAGUCUUUUAUUAAUGAACAAUGCUAAAAUAAUUGGUAAAUAAUAUUACUAGUAAUAAAUUAAUAAUUAUUUGUAAAUAAUUGGGACUUGUGUACUUUUUCAUCUCUCCUUUUAUUUUUCGUUUCAGGUGGAUGAAGGCAUUGAUCAACAGACAGAGAGUUUAUUUUUCUUGACAUUCCUGCUGUUUAUCUUGCUACGGAACUAA